GGAUCGUUCGCAACCAAGCUGGGAGGUGAUUUGGCGUUUGCCAUGUGUUGGUGUUUCCUGCUAAAUGCCCCCCUGUUCCGGACUGUGCCAUGGACUCCAUGUUUGAAGAUGACAUCAGCAUCCUUACCCAAGAUGUCCUGGCCCAGGAUGAUGAGUGGCUGGACAGCCCCAACACUGACCUCUCCAGUGAGAUGUGCUCUGCCUCUCACUUUGCUCUCAUCACGGCCUACGAUGACAUCAAGAACCGCCUGACGGGGCUCGAGCGAGAGAACACUAGCCUCAAGCGGAAGCUGAAGAUGUACGAGAUCAAGUUCCCGCUGAUCAGCGAGUUUGGAGAGGACCGAAUCUUCCCAUCCUACGACUCCAAAGAGACCUCUCUUUUGAAAAGCGAGAAAGCCAACCUCCAGCAACAGCUGAAUCAAUUCCAGCGCGAGCUGCAGAAAAGCAAGGAGAGGGAAGAACAGCUGGCUGAGAUGAUCCAAGCCUAUGAAAAGCUGUGUGUGGAGAAGACGGACCUUGAGUCAGAGCUGGGCCAGAUGAGAGCGCUGGUUGAGACACAUUUGAAUCGGAUCCGAAGCCUGGAGCAGCAGCUGAGGCAGAGAGAUGGCAGCUCCUUCCAGAACCUCAACUCUCAGCUUCAAAAUCAGGAAGUCCAAUACCUGUCGCUUCAUGGCAGCCAUGUAUUGGACCGCUCGAUGAACUGGCAGAGUCCCCGGGGCCAGGUGGAAAGCUUGGAGGUGCAGAGGUUGGAAGUGGAACUGGAAGAGACGAGGCAGGAAGUCCAGAACUCACAGCACCGGGAAGAGCAGUUGAAGGCUGAGUGUGAGAGGUUGCAGGCCGAGGUGAAGCAACUACAGGAGACACGGGCGCAGGACCUCGCAACUGGUCAGUCGGAGAGGGACAUGGCAUGGGUGAAGAAAGUUGGAGAUGACCAGGUAAACCUGGCCCUUGCCUACACAGAGCUGACUGAGGAAUUAUGCCGCUUGAGGAACCUAAGUUCUCUCCAAAGCCAGAUUCUCCGGACGCUUAUGCAAGAGCAGGCCAUCAAUGGUGGUCAGCGCCAUUCUCCCCACUCCCAGCGCCAUUCUCCCGCCCAGCAACGCCACUCUCCAGCUCCUCAGUGCACUUCCCCAGCUCAACAAGGCAGAGCUUCCGGCCCUCCAUGCCAGUCUCCAGCCCUGCAGAGACGGUCCCCAGCACCACCUUGCCAGUCGCCCGCACAUCAGCGCCGUUCCCCAGCCCCGCCGCCUUGCCAGUCGCCCGUCUCGCAGCGUCGAUCCCCAGCCCCGCCGCCCAGCCAGCCUCCCGCCCAGCAGCGUUGCUCGCCGGCUCCAAACUGCUCGUCUCCCGCCAUCACCUCGCAACACAGAUCUCCGGGCGGUGAGAGGAGCAUGAUGGAUCUGGGCUAUUCCAAGCCCUCGAGCCACCACAUCAAAGCAAGCUUCCAAGGCCGCCGGAGCUACUCGGAGGUGAGCGAUGCCAGUCUGUACCAGCAGAACCGCUCUCUCUGGCUGCAGCCGGAAGCGUCCACCUUACCAAAGCACCGUCCCUACGGCGAGGUUUACGCCAGAGACGCCUUCGAGGAGCACUUGCGCUUUGAGAAGCAGUCCUCGGACGAAGACGACUGGGCCCUCCCAAGUCCCCCCAGCCCCGAAGCAGGGGGCAUCCGCUGCGCCUCCUUCUGUGCAGGGUUCCCCAUCCCCGACACCUCCACGCACCGGACUGAUGCCUCGUACUCCAGGGCUGAACAUGCCCAGUCCUGGCCCUCAAUCAAUUUGCUGAUGGAGACGGUGGACUCCGACAUCCGAAGCUGCCCUCUCUGCCAGGUGGCCUUUCCCAUUGGUUACCCGGACGAUGCUUUGAUAAAACACAUUGAUUCACACCUGGAGAACAGUAAGAUCUGAGGCCUGCACCGCCGCCCUUCCUCUUCUGGCUUCCUUAAUGAGACCUGUCCACCUCGCCCUACCCCCACCCUUCUUGGAUGCUGCAUGAAAAGUGGUGGUGCAACAGGGGCUUUCUCUAAAAUACCUCCAAGUCUCCGGUAGACUGAACCGUGAAGAGUUUUGCCUCCCCCUUGUCCUCUUCUCUUGGCCUUGGUUUGUAACGUGGGUUUCCUCUCCUUCCUGCUCAUUAUGAGCAGGGCCUGCAAUAGUUCUCCAAUGCUUGAACCAGCGAUGGAGGUGGGCGAGGGGGCAAGAAAUAUGUGUGGACCACACUUUAGCAGGGCAUAGCCCCCACCCCAUCUGAAUACUCAGAACUGAGAUUGCCUUCUGGGGGUGCUCUGUCUACAUGGUUCAGUUUGGGUGUGUUUGGAAGAUCUCAGGGUAGGAUGAGUGAGAAAUCACCCAUGGUUGCGUGUUUGGGGGUGGG